GUUCCCUGGCCCUGCUCUUCUGUACUACUUUGCUGUGUUCCUGAACUUCAUCGGCCGCACCUUGUGGUCGCUGCGCUGGUCUGAGCAGGCGACGGUGUUUCUAGGCGCCUUCUUCCUCUCGAGCGUGCAGCAGUCAGCAGAGGUGAUCCGCCGUUGCCUAUGGAACGUUUUCAGA